AUCGAAGAUCUGUGGCAGCGUGACAAACCAAAACAAUGUCGGAGAAGUCAGCUCUGGACAAACUAAAAUUGAACAAUUUCAUUGUGAAGAACCGCAAUGCAGUACGGAGAGGGAAAGCUCACAUUGCGAACAAGCUGGUCAAGCGAUCACGAGAACUUCGCAAUGCAAAAGCAGACAAUGACCUGAAAAAGAAUAAAAACUGCAGGAAAGCAGAUAAGUUGAUAGAAGAGAUCAGGAUAUUAAGGAAGUUUUACGAAGAUGAUGUAACCAAGUAUGCUCUACUCAACACAAAGACACUGCUGGAGGUCAGCAAUGAUCCCACUGCUACUCUAGAAGAGCGAGCACUAUGUCGGAUUGCAACCUACAAAACUGUUGUUCCAGAAAUAGAGGAAUUCCGAAGCCAAUAUCCUGACUGGGAACAAAAACUUCCACGGUUAUUAAAGACAAUGGGUCUCCAGUACCGAAAGAAAAGGCUGAAGAAGCUCGACAUACAAGGGAGAAAAGAAACAUUUUUGGAGAAAGAACACCAGACCACCUGCGUUCUCCAGCAGCUCACCGACCUCGAGGUGGAUCGCCGACUUCUGGCGAAAACGAGUAGCAUGGAGAAGGAAUCCAAGGAAGAGGAAAGUGAUAAUGCAAAAUCGUCUGGCAAAAGUAAGAGAAAAGAUCAUAGUCAGGAUGGUUCUGAAGACAGUACUGAGUAUAUUCCAAAAAAGAAAAUGAAGAAAAGUGAUAAAAAUCUCUCUAAGAAAGAUGCAAAGAAACAGAUUACCGAGAGCAAAAAUAUGAGCUCAGAAAGUGAAACUGACAGGACUGGCAGUUUGGAGAGUAAGGGUGAUAAUGAAAUGGAAAGCAAUCUUGUAGACAAAGAAAGUAUUACUGUGCUGAAUGAAGGAACUAUACACAGUUCCACAGUUGGGAUGAAAAGAAAAAUGAAGCUAUCAGAAAGUGUAUCUGAAGAUGAGGGUAUUUCUGGAGAUAACAGUAGCAGUGAAGAGGAGGAGGAGGAACAGAGUACAGGUGGUGGUUUUACAAAGGAGGAAAUGAAGAAGCCUGAUCACAGAGAAGUCUCCAUUCUGAAGAGAGCAAUGCUGACGAAGAUGAUGGCUCAAGUCAAGAAGACAUUGCAUGCAAAAGUGGUCCAGAAGAAGAAGAAGAAGAAGAAGAAGAAGAAGAAGAAGAAGAAGAAGAAGAAGAAGAAGAAGAAAAAGAUUUUGAUGAGGACGCCUCCAGUGGUGAUGGGUCAGAAGACAGCGAAGAAUCCGAUGCAGAUGUUCAUGAGAAUGAGAGUGAGGAUGAAGAAUCAUCUGAAAAGUGUGAAGUAA